AUGGUUUCCAAGAUCUCUGUCGUCCUCCUGGGCUUCUUUUGCGCCGUAAACUGCAACCCGUUGGGGGCAACUUCAGUUUGCGAAUCAGCUCCGAACCUUGGCCUGGGGCUUGGAGGUUACAGCCUUGGAGUACCUGCGGCCACUACGGUAUGCGAGUCCGCACCCAAUGUAGGCCUCGGCUUGGGCUACGGCUUAGGAGGACUAGGACCCCUGGGCGGUGCUACAACUGUCUGUGAAUCUGGACUUGGCUAUCCAUUAGGACUGGGUUAUGGUGGGCUGGGCCCUAUAGGUUAUGGUGGGCUGUAUGGACUAGGAGGCCUAGGUGGGUUAGGAGGUCUAGGCGGAUUGGGCUAUGGAGGGCUUUAUGGAUUAGGCGGUUUAGGACUCCUAGGCUAUGGAGGUUUGGGCCUAGGCGGUUUGGGCGUAGGAGGAGCGACGACUGUAUGUGAAUCUGCCCCUAAUGUUGGGUAUGGCCUCAAUGGAUUUGGUUUAGCUGGUUUGGGAUUAGGUGGAUUAGGCUACGGUGGCUUAGGAUUAGGUGGGGCAACCACUGUAUGCGAAUCGGCUCCUAAUGUUGGGUAUGGCCUAGGAGGUCUCGGAUUGGGCGGUUUGGGAUUAGGUGGAUUGGGCCUCGGUGGCUUAGGAUUAGGUGGGGCUACCACUUUAUGCGAAUCGGCUCCUAACCUAGGUUUUGCUGGACUCGGUGGACUAGGAUUAGGUGGUGUUGGUUUGGGAGGAGCAACCACUGUGUGCGAAUCAUCACCUAAUCUGGGUUUGGGCCUUAAUGCUCUUGGCCUCGGUGGUCUUGGUCUGAACGGAUACGGUCUGGGUGGAUUAGCACCUUUGGGUGGCGCAACAUCUGUAUGCGAAAGUGCUCCUAAUGUGCUGGGCUUCGGCGGUCUAGGUCUUGGCGGGCUAGGUGGACUGGGCUAUUACGGUUUAGGAGUACCUUUUUUAUAG